AAUUCAUCAUCAGGUCAAUAACAGUCAUCGUGAUAACCUCGUUUUAUAUUGUGUUUUAUUUCCUUAUUUAAUGUACACCACCACCCAUACCUUGUCAUACCAACAAAAGUCAUAUAAUUUUAAUAAUAAAUUUAUCAGUCUUUACAAUUGUAAAUAAGUAUUAACAGCUGUUUUUAACAGGUGACAAGGAUUUGCCUAUAAACAAAACUUUUGAAAAGGUCAUCCGUAUCUGGCCGUUAAAAAGGGGGGAUGUAUUUAAGUACCUAACCCGGUAUCUAAGUACCUCGGUACUCUCCGAGUCUAGGUUCAUUUUAAGUGCAUGCGGGGAUUGCAUCAUCCCGCAUUUGCCAUUUGGUAAGCACGGAGACGUGCUAAAGUUAAUAGGCUUGAUAAGGUAAUCGAUAGGUCCAUACGAGGCGGGCUAUCUUUCAAAAAAUCAACAUCGCUGGUGAACACCGAUAUUCCGUCUUUGCCGAACUUCAUCGAUACCCAAUCCUUAAUCCACCACUCAACUCUGGAAAUAUAAGCAACUCAUAUCCGGUCAUGUCUGCCGACGACCAGCAGUUUUUGGACUUGCUCUCGUCCAUCCCCAACCACAUCCGGCGAUACUCCGGAGAGGUUGCCGACUAUGUUGACAAAACAGUCGACAAAGUUGCGGAUGAGAUCAGGGAUACCCUAUCGUCGGCGGAAUGGGUACCCGAGUACGUGCGACCAAAAGCUACUGCUCGACCACCGCCCGUCGAGAUCGUGCCGGUGACUACAUACGAGAGUAUACAAAAUUGGAUUUCUCGUCAUAAGAUACUUUGCGGCGUGGUGGUCGUCACUGCUGGAUAUAUAACAUACAGGACAAUACGAUAUACCAAACAGCUCCGUAAACCUCGUCGGGCGAGGCGUGCUCGAAAUGGUGGCAGACUCGAGGUCGUCGUCAUCGCCGGAUCACCAACGUUACCACUGACCAAGGCUCUAUCCUUGGAUUUGGAGAGGAGGGGCUUUAUCGUAUAUAUUGUUUGCAAUACUAUCGAAGACGAAGUCACCGUGCAGAGCCUCUCACGACCUGACAUUAGAUCCUUAGGUAUCGAUAUAACCGACCCACCGAAAGCCGGCCGAGCUAUUGAACGAUUCGCCGCCUAUCUCCAAACCCCGCAUGCCGCGGUCCCGCGAGCGAAGCCGACCUAUCUAGUGUUGAAGGCGGUUAUCCUGAUCCCCUCGCUCAACUACCAAACCUCCCCCAUCGCUACGAUUCCUCCCUCGAGCUUUGCCGACCUCUUCAAUACCCAUCUCCUCCACCCCAUCCUCACGAUCCAGUCAUUCCUACCUCUCCUUACAUCUCGAAUAACGCCCCAAGGAGAGACCACCGCAGCACCCCGAGUCCUCGUCUUCACACCAUCAAUCAUCUCCUCGAUCAACCCGCCGUUCCACGCCCCCGAAGCAACCGUGUGCUCCGCCCUCUCCGCCUUUACGGAGGUUCUAACAGCAGAACUGAGCCCCCUCGCCAUCCCCGUAACGCACAUGCAACUCGGCACCUUCGACUUCGCGGGGUUCACGCCGGUCCGUGCAGGCCCCGCUGGAGUAAACGCAACAGCUCCCCCGACGACAGGUCUGCACCCGCUGUUACCGCCGGCGCCAGUCGAGACGCUUCAGUGGCCAGAGUCCGCACGCAACGCAUAUGGUCGUAACUUUAUGUCGCAGUCGUCGUCCGCCAUCUCAGCUGGUCGCAUCCGCGGACUACGCGGUAGCUCCCUGCGGGAACUGCAUAACGCUGUGUUCGACGUAAUCGACGGUUCGAACCAGAGCGACGUGGUGCGCGUAGGCCUCGGCGCCGGUCUCUACGGGUUCGUCGGCCGCUGGGCCCCGCGUAGUCUAGUGGCUUGGAUGAUGGGAAUCCGCAAGGUGGAUGAGCUCAGCGCCUGGGAGGGAGGCCUGCGCCCGGAUAGUGCUAGUGGCAGCAGUAGUAGCGAGAAGAGCGCUGGGAGCGAGAUUGGUGAGGGCAGUGAGUUUAUUGCCGUUGCGAAGGAACAUGAUGGGCAUAACGUCUGGAAAUCAUAGCAAUAUUGAGAAAUCGACGAGGGUUUAAGGUUAGGUUAAGGGAGGGGCCAGGCGGUUUGCUUUUUGGCUGGCGUCGCGUCGUGAUGACUGAUGAAUAGGGCAACGGGAUUUACGAAGGCUGUACAUUCGGCAGGUGAUGAGACUGGAUGGCAUGGCCCUCUUCAAUGCUUGGAUAUAUCUCGCUUCUCUUUUACGUGGAUAUUGGCUUAUAUAGCUCGUUUAGUUCACACGAAUGCAUAGAUGGUUUAUAACAAA